AUGGCUCCUUCCACGUCAUCAGGCCUUGUCAGCACCGUCCGAUUUAAGUAUGCGACGGAGCAGCAGGUUCAGCGAUGGCGCACGUCGUCGGAUCCGAUCACCGCGACGACAGUCGUCGAUUCGCCUCUGCGAUUCAUUUACGAGCUGUGCUGGACGGUGGUGCAUGGCGACCUGCCAUCCGCGCGGAUCCCAGCCGCGCUGCAGUCCGCAGGCCUUCCCCUUCCGCCCUCUGCAUCCCCCGACGCGGGUGCAGCAACUGCUGCGGACCAGCGUGUGGCGGAUCAGCAGUCUUCGCCUGCCCCAGAUGUGCCCUCGCUCCUGGCGGACACAGUGGCUCAGCUGGCGUUCGAGGUGUCUGGCCAGACUGACCUGCGUCGACGACUGGUGGAGCUGACCAAGUGGCUGGCGUCCAAUGGAAUCGUGACACCUCGCAUGCUGCAAGAUCGCUGCGAGGCAAGUGCAUUCUUCCACUACCACCGCCUCUCCGCCACCGCUGCUGCCGCUGCCGCUGCCGCUGCUGCUGCUGCUGGGGGAGGCAAAGGGGGGAAGGAGAGCGGAGGAAACAGCAAGGGGGCUGCAGGGGGAGUGAAUGGAAGUGCAGGGAAAGCGGGGGCAGGGGGAGCAGGUGUUGAUGGUGAUGGUGAAGGGGGGGAGAAGGGCGAGGGUGGCAGUGGGGCGGAGGGGCGCAUUCCAGACAGCCUGUUUGUGCUGGCAGCUAACUGCCUCAAGAGCAACGUGGUGCAGCUCGCUGCACUGUACCCGUUCCUGGACCCUCCAGACGAGGAGGCAGAGGCACGCAGCAAGGAGAUCAACGCACAGAGAAUAGCGGAUGUGAACCGCAUAGGAAAGAUUAACCUGGCAGCGACGGGGCGGGACUUGACAGACGACCCGCAGCCAGCAGACGUGACGACCGACCUGUACGGGGCAGUGGACGGGCAGGAGAGCGCUGCUGCCAAGGAGUGGGGCGAGGCAGAGAGCAACGAUAAGAUGCGCCUGCUCAAGGCGCUGCUAAUGGUGGAUGACUGGCCCCAUGCGCAGCAGCUGCUGGAGCACCUGAAGCCGCUGCACCCCGUUGCCCACCCGCCCAUCUGCACCGCCCUCUGCUCGUAUGUCUCCCACUCCCACGCCCUCUGCUCUCUCAUAUCUCGUGCCAUUGCCCCAGCCUAUGCUUCAGUCCGCCCAGCCUACCUUGUCAACCUCAAAGCCCAACCUUCUGCCGAUGCUACCUCAACACCGAACCUGCCUUCCAGCCUCGAGGCGUCGCUGCUGCCAGCGCUGCAGGCGGUGGUGGCGAGUCCGCCGGUGUGCAUGCAGCUGUGGGAGGUGCUGGCCUGCCUGCCCUUCCAGGAGCGCUACCGCCUCUACGGCGAGUGGGAGAGGGAGAAUGAGACCAACCCCCUCGUUCUGGCUGCCCGGCAGAUUGCACGGCUGGACACGCGGCGCACGCUGAAGCGGCUGGCGAAGGAGAAUUUGAAGCCGACGGGGCGCAUGGUGGCGAAGCUGGCACACUCCAACCCACUCACGGUGCUGCGCACCAUCGUGGUGCAGGUGGAGGCGUACAAGGAGAUGAUUCCGCCGGUCGUUGACGCCUUCAAGUACUUCAACCAGCUGGAGUUUGACAUUCUCGAGUAUGUGGUGAUAGAGCGCCUGGCACUGCAGCGCAGCACCAUAAAGAAGGACGGACUCAACAUCGCUGACUGGCUGCAGUGCCUCGCCUCCUUCUGGGGCUCCGUGUGCAAGAAGUACCCGCUGGUGGAGCUGCGGGGGCUGCUGAGUUACUUAGUGAACCGGCUGCACCAAGGCGAGGCGGUGGAGCUGGUGCUGCUGCAGGAGCUGAUGGAGCAGAUGGCUGGCAUCGAGUCGAAUGAGAAUCUCACAGAGGAGCAGCUUGAGGCUCUGGCCGGCGGGGAAACGCUUAGGCAGCUCACUGCUAGCUUCGGCCAGGCCAAGAACAACAAGGCCAUGGCGCGGUCCAUGGGGCGGCUGAAGGACGCUCUGCUGCCGGGCAAAGGCGAGCCGAAUCUCGCCGUGCCGCUGCUGGUGCUCAUUGCCAGGCAGCGAUCCAACAUUGUGUUUGAGGCGGAGGGGUCGCACAUCAAGCUCCUGAGCGAGCACUUGGACCGCUGCCACGUCAUCAUGCUGCAGUACGCGCAGUUCCUCUCCACCGCCCUCUCGCCGCCCGCCGCGUACGCCGCCUUCGUCCCGACCCUGCACGCGCUCUCCCAGCGCUUCCACAUGCCGCCCGAAGCCGCCUUCCUCUUCUACCGCCCGGUGCUUCGCCUCUUCAAGCCCUGCCCUGAUUCGCCCGUUUCCUGGCCGGCUCUUGCUGCUGGGAGCGGUGCGGUGCACUGGCGGGACGUGGUGGAGUGGGUGCGAAGCAUGCCACCCGCAGCAGCGUGGCGGGGCCUGUCGCCGCCCUUCUACCUGCUCUUCUGGGGGCUCUCCCUCUGCGACCUGCAUGUGCCGCGGCAGCGAUACGAAGCCGAGAUGUCCAAGCAGAGGGCGCUGCUGCGCUCCCUCGAAGAUGUUGGGGACUCCUCAGGAUCAGCCAUCCAGAAGCGCAAGAAGGAGAAGGAGCGCGUGCAGGAGCUGUUGGACCGGCUCUCGGCCGAGCUGGCUCGGCAGCAGGCUCGGGUCGAGGCAGUGCAGCGGCGGCUGGUUCGGGACCGUGCGCGCUGGCUUAGCCCGGCUGCCGUGCCGGACAGCUGGCGCAUUGUACCUUGCUUCCUGCACCACUGCGUGAUUCCGAGGGUUUUGAUGAGCCCCGAGGAUGCUGUGUAUUGCGCCAAGUUUAUACUGCGCAUGCACGCAGCAGCCACGCCACAGUUCUGCACGUUUCAGAUGGUGGACGCCUUCGUGUGCAAGAGCUUCCACCCUCUGCUCGCCAGCUCCUCUGAAGCUGAGGCAGGCCGCCUGGGGCGGUUUGUGCUGGAAAUUCUGCAGGCCAUCUACCGGUGGAAGAGCGAUGCAGCGGUGUACAACGCGGAGUGUCUGGAUCACCCCGGGUCGUCCAAGAGUGUGAUGAAGAAACCCAACAACAACAUGACGCUCGACCAGUUCCGUACGAUCAACUGGAAGUGGAACGCCAAGCUGGUGAAGGUGCUAUCCACGCUCCUCGAGUCAACGGAGUACAUGCACAUCCGCAACGCGCUCACGCUGCUCUCGCGCGUCUCUGCCGUCUUCCCCGUCACCAAGCGCGGCGGGCUCGUGCUCGAACGCAAGGUGAAUCGCCUUAAGGCAGAGGAGCGGCAGGAUCUGAAGCUCAUGGCCACCAGCGUUUCGGCUGCGCUCAAUGCCAAGAAGGUAUGGCUGCGAUGGGAGAGACGCAUGGCUGCCUGCCAGCGUGUCGCUCAACCGCACUCUACACCAAGAAGGGACAGCUUGGGUGUGGGUGGGUCUAGUAGGAGAGCGUAUGAGGAGAAAGAGGAGCAUGAGGCUGGGGAGGUGAGGGGGGAGGUGAGGGGGGAGGUGAGGGGGGAGGACAGGUGGGAGAGCAGGGGAGGGCAUAAGAGGGGGAGUGAUGGGGCGGAGAGACUGGGGGGAAGAGAUGUGGGUGAGAGGGGGAAGAGAGGGGAGUGGGAGGAUGGGGAGCAGGAUGUGCGUGGUGCGAGGGAUGAGAGGAGUGUGAAGAUUGAGAAAGAGGAAAUGAAGAGUAGGGAGAGGGAGAGGGAUAGGGAGGAGAGGGAUAAAGAUAAAUCGAAGGUGUUGGAUAGAGAAAGGGAGGCGGAGGCAGGGAAGGGGAAGGAGAGAGAAGGGAGAGACAGGGAGAGGGAGAGGGGGAAGGAGAGGGAGAGGGAGAGGGAGGACAAGGGACGGGACAGGGGACGAGGAGAGAGAGAGAAGGAUCGUGAAGUGGAGAGGGGGGAAGUGAAGGAAGGGCGGGAGAGGGACAAGGGACGCGAGAGGAACCAUGAGGACGAAAGAGGGGAGGAGAAGGAGAGGGAGAAGGAGAAGGAAAGGGAGAAGGAGAAGGAGAAAGAGAAGGAUAAGCAGAGGGAGCGAGCGCAGGAGGAGAAGAUGAGGGAGGAGAGGGAGAGGGAGAAAGAGAGGGAGAGACUGAGGGCACGGCUUGAGGAAGAUAUGAUGGUGAGGGAGAAGGAGAAGGAGAGGGAGAGGGAGAGAGAGAAGGAAAGGGAGAGGGAGAAGGAGCGAGAGAGGGAGAGGGAGCGGGGGUCGGGGAAGGAUAAGGAAAGGGAGCGAAGUAAGGCUGCUGCGGCGGCAGCUGUGGCUGCAGCUGCCGCUGCCACUGCUGGUCGGAGUGCUGGAGGGGGGGCGGGAGGAGGAGAGGGAGGUGCAGGAGGUGGAGGGGGAGGAGUAGUAGGAGGCACAUCAGGUGUGAGGAGUCCGAAAGAAAUGGAAGGGGUGGAAGAGGGAGGGAGGGGUCGGGGUGGGAAGAGGAGUGUGAGCUCGUCAGAAGAUGGGGGAGGAGGGGCGGUGGCUGGGGGUAGUGGGGAGCGGGGAGUGAAGCGAGUGAGGAGGAGCGAUGGGGAGAUGGAGAGGGAGAGAGGGAGGGACGAGAAGGGGAAAGAGAGGGAGAGGGAGCGGGAGAGGGGAGAGGAGACGUCGAGGGCGCAUGAGCGGGAAGGGAGAGGGGAAGGGAGAGGAGGGGAGCGCGGGAGUGGGGGCCGGGGAGGGGAGAAGGGAGAGUGGAGUGAGAGAGGCAGUGUGGAGCGGGGGAAGGGGAGAGACGUGGAGGAUACAGGUAUUGUGGGUGAUGGGCGUGGGGAUGUGCAUGAGUGGGGGGAAAGGGGUGGUGUGCGUGAGAAAGGAGUGUCUGAUCGUAAAGGAGACAGGGAGAGGGAGAAGGAGAGGGAAAGGGAGAAGGGGAGGGAGAGAGAGCGAGGGCAGGUUGAUAGCACCCCAGAGAGGGAGGUGAAGGAGGAGAGGGGUGGGGGGCGUGAGAGGGAGGCUGAGCACCUGAAGGAGAGAGAGAGGGAGUGGGAGCAUGAGAGGACUGAGAGGGAUGGAGGGAGAGAGAGGGAGAGGGAGCAUGAGCGAGCUACUGUGAAGGAGAGACUGGGUGAGCGCGGCAGGGGUGGGAGGGAGAGGGGAGAGAGAGGGGAGAGGGUGGGUGGAAAGGAGGAGGAGCGGGGAGUGGAGCAGGAGCGAGUGUACGAAAAGGAGCGUGGGGAGAGGGAGCGUGGUGAGAAAGGAGAGAAGGAGCGUGGAAUCUUCCCAGAGCGGAGCAUUGAGAGGGGAGGGGGGAUACGUGUGGUGGUGCGGGAUGUGGGCGAGGAGGGGCGGGAGGAGGGGCAUGCGCAGAGGCAUGGAGCAGGGCAGGGGCUUCGUCACUCGCUUGUCGUUGGUGUAACUCCACCUGCUCCUGCUGGAAGAAUCAUUCACGAGCCCAUUUCCCCGCUUCCACCGCAGCCGCUCUCCCUGCCUGCGCAGCUCGCUCCUACCAGCUCCUCCGCUGCUCUCCCUGCGAAGCGCAGGAAGAUUAAGAGGGAUCAGAGCCUCAUGCAGCCGCAUGGAGAUGCCAUGCAUUCGCCAGGUGGUGCUGGGCCGCCUGUGGCUGGCAUUCCAGCAGGCGGGCCAUCAGCCAUGCCCAUGCCGCUCGCUCCGCCAUUCCACUCGGGUGGGGUUCACCCAUCGCCUCGUUCCCCUGCUGUGGUUAUGGCAGCUGGAGGUGGGCACCGUGGUGGGCCGAUGCUGCAUGUAACUUCAACACUGGAUGACCGUGCAGACAGACGGUGGAUUUCCGAUGGUGGUGGCAGUGGCGGAGGUGGAAGCAGGAGAAGCGGCGAGGUUGAGCUGCCGCCGCCUUCUCGAGGGGCAGGGCCUGCUAGGAGCUCCAGACUUGCUGGUAGGCUUGGGGAGCAGGAUGGUGGAGCGGGAGGGAGCUAUGAACGUAGUGGUCCUGGUCAAGGAGGGGGGAUGCGGGACGAGGCGUGGGAUGGCGACAAGGCGCGAAGGGAUGGUCGCAUGAGUAACAGACGCCAUUGA